AUGAUAAUGCAGAGGUUGUGGAUCGAACAAUGUUCAUGGGAUGAAGAGGUCUCACAAGAGAUGCAACAACUAUGGCUGUCAUUUGCCAACACGUUACCCCUUCUUAACCGAUUACAGGUUCCUCGCUGGAUUUUUACAAAUGACCCUGUUUUCCAUGAAAUUCAUGUUUUUUCAGACGCAUCAGAGCGAGUGUAUGGGGCUUACCUCUACAUCCGCUCCGUAGAUAAGAGUAGAGUAGAGUCAAUAAAGCCAACAACAAUACCUGGUCUCGAACUACUCGCGGCUCUUCUGGCUGUAACGUUGUGUACCAAAGUAUUAUCAUCUUUAUCAUCAUUUGCAGAUUCUGGUGUGACUCAAUGA